ACCAGGAAGGCGAAUACACAACCGUCCCUGCUUGUGUUUGAGCGAUUAGGGCUGCGCGCGAUAACCGACCCAGAUUGGAUCCUGCAAAGCGCUGGCUAACUGGCUAGCAAGGGCGAGCAGAUAUUCGGAGGUCUCGUCAAAGGCUUUAGGACCCGGAAGACCUGCCUCUCGCUCUCUUCCUCUCGCACUCUCUUUUCGCUCUGCGGGACUGAGCCGGGAGACAAGAGCGCCAACAAACAGCUGUGACCGCUCGACCCAGCCGAAGAAGAGAGGGAGGGAGGGAGAGAGAAUCGGGUGUCGCCGUUUCUCCACCGCUCUCUCUCUCUCCCCUCUCUGUCUCCCUCUCCCUCUCUCUGUCUCCCUCCCUCGCUUGCGCUCUCUCUGGCUCGCUCUCUUCUCGUCUCCCCAAGAACUGAACCUUUUUUCAGCUGACUCGGAGCUCCCAGGCAGCCCGGAGGUCCCGCAAUGAGGCGGAUCCGGGCUAAUGCCAUUGCGAUCCUGACCGUAGCCUGGAUCCUAGGCACUUUCUAUUACUUGUGGCAGGACAGCAAGCCUCAUUCGGCCGCGUCCAGCCGGUCUCCCAGCAGCAGCAGCGGCGGCGGCGUUAAGAGUGGGCAGAGAAGCUCCGGCAAAGUCGAGCUCCAUAAAGAAGAGAGGACCGUCCCCCUUCUCGCAUCCAAGCCACCACAAGCUGAGAAAAAUGGCUUAAGAGGAUUUGAUGAAAAGGCCUAUGUAUCGUCAAAGCUACUGAAGGCUGGAGAAGACCCUUAUCGGCAACAUGCUUUCAAUCAGUUGGAGAGUGACAAACUGAGCAGUGACCGGCCCAUUAGAGACACUAGACAUUACAGAUGUGCAUCAGUUCACUACAGCGCAGACCUGCCGGCCACAAGCAUUAUUAUCACUUUUCACAACGAGGCUCGCUCCACAUUGCUCCGUACAGUGAAAAGUGUUCUAAAUCGUACUCCUGCAAACUUGAUUCAGGAAAUAAUUUUAGUGGAUGAUUUCAGCUUGGAUCCUGAAGACUGCCAGCUACUUACCAGAAUCCCAAAAGUCAAGUGUCUACGCAAUGGACGUCGAGAAGGUCUAAUUCGCUCCCGCGUAAGAGGUGCUGAUACAGCAACAGCUGAUAUUCUCACGUUCCUGGAUAGCCACUGUGAAGUGAACAGUGAAUGGUUGCAGCCAAUGCUUCAGAGAGUAAAAGAGGAUUAUACUCGGGUGGUGAGUCCUAUCAUUGAUGUCAUCAGCUUGGACAAUUUUGCCUAUCUAGCAGCAUCUGCAGAUUUGAGAGGAGGAUUUGACUGGAGUCUUCAUUUUAAAUGGGAACAGAUUCCCAUUGAGCAAAAGUUGUCCCGGACAGACCCUACCCAAUCUAUUAGAACACCUGUCAUAGCAGGAGGAAUCUUUGUGAUCAAUAAGUCUUGGUUUAACCAUCUUGGAAAAUAUGACACACAGAUGGAUAUCUGGGGAGGAGAGAACUUUGAGCUUUCUUUCCGUGUCUGGAUGUGUGGAGGUAGCUUGGAGAUUGUCCCCUGCAGUCGAGUGGGUCACGUUUUCAGAAAACGCCAUCCAUAUGACUUCCCUGAGGGCAAUGCAUUAACCUAUAUAAAAAAUACCAAACGUACAGCAGAGGUAUGGAUGGAUGAAUACAAACAGUAUUAUUAUGAAGCCAGACCUUCUGCCAUUGGAAAGUCAUUUGGAAGUAUUGCAGACCGAGUGGAACACCGCAGGAAGCUGAACUGUAAAUCCUUUCAAUGGUAUUUGGAGAAUGUCUAUCCAGAACUCAAAGUCCCAGAAAAGGAGCUGAUCCCAGGGAUCAUCAAGCAAGGAGCAAACUGUUUGGAAUCUCAGGGCCAGGAUACCGCAGGAAAUUCCCUAGCUGGGAUUGGAAGUUGUAAAGGGUCAGUGAACAAUCCUGUUGCUACUCAGGAGUGGAUUUUCAGUGACCCUUUAAUCAGACAGCAGGACAAGUGCCUCUCAAUCACCUCCUUUUCUACUGGCUCACAUGUCACAGUCGAGGCAUGCAACCAGAAAGAUGGCAGACAGAAAUGGAAGAUGAAAGGUAGCUUCAUCCAACAUUUUGUCAGUGGCCUGUGCUUAGAAAAUGAGUCCAGCAGAUUAGUGACCAACAUCUGUCAGUCGGAUAUUCUGGGUCAACAGUGGGAGCUGCUCCAAGCCACAUGAUGGUUGCCCAGCAUCUUUUGGUUCUGAUACUUUUUGCAUGAGACUCUGGGAACGGAAGGGGCUAGGGUGGGGUACAAAUUCUGGUUUUCUUUUAAACCUAAAUGUUUUGACUAUGAUCCUCAGCCAAUAACCAUUUCAGAUGAAAUGUCACUGUUUUUGGAUUUAUGUUAAAGAAGUCGGAGCUCUAUGGCAACAUCAGUCGAAAUGGCCCAGCUUGUCCCACUUUGAGUAACAGUGCGAACUGGGUGUGAAAGAAUCUGUCUCAGUAACCAAUAUGUGUUUAAGCCUGAUUGACAGCAGUUCCAUUCUUUUGUCUCCAGAAAAACCUGUGGUCUAUGAUCCCAUGGAGUUGCUGCAGUUGAUGUCUGUGACUAUAUGCUUGAUGUGAACUCCUGAUGAGUUUGCUUGAUUUCAGAUAUGUCACCUCUCGUUUUGCAUGUGUGUCAUACUGUUUGAUUUAUGGAAAGGACGGCAAGGAAAGGGGGCGGGCUCGGUUAUGGAAAAGCGCAUCAUUGAGGAAAAUUGAGGCAGAGGUAAAGCUUUUUUUUUGUUUUUGUUUUGAAAUCAUCCCUUGCAGAGAAAGGGUUCCUUGAUUUCUCUGGCAGGUAGGAUUGAUAAAACUUCAGGAAGAAAGCUAAACUAGUCUUCAUCAAGAAAGAUAUCUGGUAUGUUUCUUAUGCUUUAAACCUGAACCACAGAAAUAUUGUUAAAAAGUACACGAGCAAAGGAUCCAUUUUUCUACCCUCUGGAGGGAACACAUAUUAUUUCCUUCUGCUUUCAUCAAUAUGUGCUUGGCGUACAGUUGUAGGGAAAAGGCAGCUGAUGAUAACAAUUCUGUAUUUUUGCAAACACAGCUUGGGCUGAUGGCCAAAGGGUCAAAUUGUGCUUGUACUUUUCCACUCAGUCCUUUUAGGUUAAUCAAAAUUGGAUUUCUUCCUAAGGGCCUAUCACCUAUUUCUCAGCCUAGUUCUGUCUGGGGAAUAUUUUGGAGCCAAGCCCAAAACAAAGCUCUUUUUCCUGAUGUGUGUAUGUGCUCACUGAAAAACAAGAACUGUUGGCCAAGAUUCUCACAAUAAUUCCAUGUCACCCAGUAAAGUGCAAAGAGUGUGACCCUCGGUGCCUUUACUGAAGGCAGUGCUAGCUCUGAAUUCAUUUAAGAAAACUAUUUUCAUGAACAUUUGUUUGGGAAUCACAACUGGAUAGAUCAGGAGGAGUCUGGUAGCAUCUUUGCCAAUUAAUUAUGUUAAAAGGCAUAAGUUUACAGCUGAUGUAACUCGCUCUAACAUAAUGCAUCUGAUGAAGUAAGCUGCAGUUCACAAAUACUUAUACCUUUUAAUAAAAUUGGUUAGUUGGAAAAGGUGACGCCGGAUCGCUUCCGGUUUUUGGCUACCAUAGACUCACACACCUCUCUUCUUACAAAGUCAUCUGAAUAAAGGGAAAGUUACUUCUAAAUAAAUGCACUCAGGAUUAAACUGAAACCAUCUGUAUUUCAAUGGAUCUAAGCAUUGACUACAUUGGUUGAGCAUCAGCAGAAUGUCAACCUGUUUGCCAACUGAGGAAGCCAUAUGCCAAGGUACUAGGUCUUAGUUAUCAAAUCUGAAUUUGAGACAACAUACUUGAUGAGCCUUUUCUGUUAGUUAAUUGUCAAAAUACUAUACUCUCAUCCACUCUGUUUUGAAAUAUGAAAGUAACAGAAGAUGUAAGCUAUAAUUAAAUGGUCAUUAUGACUAAUCAAUGAAUUGGUCAUUUGCACAAUACUCUCUGCUUGUCAAUCAUCUCCAAUAUAUAUAAAAAAACCCAUUCCCAUAUAGACAAAGGUAACGCCAGGAUUACUCCAACAGUAUAUUUAGGACAGAUAGCUGCAAAUGUGAAGGAUCGAUAUCGCUAAACCUUAAGAAAGUCCUCCCCUCAGUACCUAAUUAUUUUGAAUGGGUUACAUUGGACUCUCAUUUUGGUGGAUGCCGUAGUGACCUGAAAGCAGCUCUUCAGCCCAUUUCUGGGAGAAAAUAUGAAGAGUUUAGGAGGUUUUUCAAGGUAGUAAAAUACAGUUUAUGGAGACUCUCAAAAUUGUAAGAUCACUCACUUUGUAUAACUUCUGUAUUAUAUAUAGCAAAAACUGAGAACUUUCCUUUAAUGUAAGUUUGACAGUUACAAAGAUUUGAAUGUUCAUAUUAUUUAUUACGAAUGACAUCUUGUAUAUAUCUACCCAGAAUAAUAAAUUCAAGGGAAUUUAAUACCCAAGAAAAGACUACAGUAUUGCAGUGUGAGGCCAUUUUAGGAGUGCAGAUAGGCAGGUUGUUCGUAUCACCAUGAAUGGGAAAAUAAUUGUGAAUCAAUCCUUCUGUGGAUGACAUUUUGAUAAUAAGAAAAAAAAAAGUGGCAAUGACAGUAGAAAGAAGCAAGGAGGAUUCAACUGGAAGACAUGUCAUCUGAUCCCCUAUAGUAUUUGGUGAAUUGAUUAUGUGCUAUCAAAUCAUUUUUGACUCCUAGCAACCACAUAGAUUUUCUCCAUGACAAUGUAUCCCUACCUUAUUCUUUCAAGGCUCCCAAUGGUGCACUCAUUGCCACUGUAACUGAGACCAUCUACCUUGUUACUUAAAGGUGAGAAAGUUGCAUAACAAAACACUAAUGUGAAACACUCCAGAUGUUACAUCUGUUUCUAAACUAGAUACCAAGACUUUAAGAUGCCUGGGUUAAUAAUAAUAGCCCCAGCCUGGGAAUCCCAUCCAUCCAGGAUGCGCCUAGGGAUUUUCUAUUGUGCAGUAACCAAGUAUUCCCAUAACAUUUUUCAGUGGGGUUGUAUUGUGUUGAGGGUGUGUGUGUGCACUGAGGGAGCUCAACCAAUCUCAUUGUACAUAUGUUGUGCACUGACAAUAAAGAUUUAAAAUUGAAAAUUGGGGAGGGAUGGAACUUGUGGUGGCAUUCAAAAAAUUUAACAACUGGUUCUCCGCCCUAAUAACCUACUGAGUAGAUAUUUCUGGGUGGUCAUGUGACUGAGUGGUUGUGGCCAACUCAACAUCACUCACGAUGAGGAGCACUUUGCCUCGUGGGGAUCAUGGGAAAAUGGUCAUAAGUCACUUUUUUCAGUGCCAUUGUAAUGGUCACUAAAUGAACUGUUAUAAGUCAAAGAUUACCUGUACAAAAAUACAAAAAGCUUCUUUGCUUGCAAAAAGCUGCCCUAAAUACCAGUCAUUAGAUUAGAAAUACCUGCAAGCCAGAAUUACAAACCAGACAAGGUGCCAGAGCACCUUGAGGAAUUAAAAUAGUUUAAAUGUUGGAUAACCAUCUGACUGAGAUGGUGUAGGGUUCCUGCCUGGGCAGGGGGUUGGACUAGAAGGCCUCCAAGGUCCCUUCCAACUCUGUUGUUAUGUUAUGUUAUGUUAUGUUAAAUGUAAUAAUAACUAUCAGCAGCCAACUCUUGCUCAUAAAGUGAAACCCCUUAGCAAAGGUCAUUUAAGCUCUCCAGAAAGUGGGUUAUAUUUGGGCUACAAAAUGCUGAGCUAAAGAGACAAAUUAACAAAUUAUAUAGGGGACCCAGGUUCAAGCCUCCCAAGCUUGUCAGGAUCCCAAUAAAAUUAGUACAUGCCACAGAUAUCUAAAUAAACUUCAAGCUUGGUGCCAUGUUACUAAGCCUUAUUACCAUGAGAAAAAACUAAAAUGAA